UUGGAGGCUGACAGUUCGAGAGGAUGUUGGAAGAGUCAAGGAGAAAUGGAAAGCUCAGUUGGCUGAGGAUGUGGUCCAUAGGAAAGAGCCCAACAUACUUUGCACCACCUCAGCCCACUAGCUUCAUCUGCAGCAAGUGUGGUAGAGACUGCCAUACCAUUAAGGAACUCUUAAGCCACACCAGAAAAUGUUCAAUGUGGAGUUGACCAUCAAAGCGCAGACCAUCAAAGUGCAAACCAUCAUUCUACAGGGAGAAAAGAUGUCACUUGAAUUGCCAUUUAGUCAAUUUCCCAGUUGUGUCGAUUUGCUUUUGAUUCUAUGAGCUUCAACUUUAAGCUACCAGAUCGUAAUGCCUUUUGGAAUUCAUAAAUAAUAUCCACAGACUUUGCCUGUCCUUUUUGCCUUUAGUCACCUGUACAAAAUUCAUCAGGCUUCUAGUUUUAUCUCAAUUUUCACCUGAUUGAGUUAGAACUCUGCAUUAUGACUGCUGAGGUGAUUGGUGAUGAGGAAGGAUUCUACUCUAGAGCUAAGAAAUACUGGAAGAAUAUCCCUCCAACAGUGGAUGGCAUGUUGGGAGGAUAUGGGCAUAUCUCCAGCAUUGACAUCAAUUCCUCCAAGAAGUUUCUGCAGCGGUUCAUUGGGGAAGGAUCUGGGAAGGCAGGGACAAGCUGUGCGCUGGACUGCGGUGCUGGAAUUGGCAGAAUUACCAAGCGAUUGCUGCUGCCCUUGUUUAAAGUUGUUGACAUGGUGGAUGUGACAGAGGGUUUCCUGGCCAAGGCCAAGACCCACCUGGGGGAGGAGGGCAGUCGUGUGGGCAACUACUUCUGCUGUGGUCUGCAAGACUUCAUCCCCCAACCCCAGCGAUACGACGUCAUCUGGAUCCAGUGGGUGAUUGGGCACCUGACUGAUGACCACCUUACCCAGUUCCUCAAGAGGUGCCAGAAAGGUCUUAGGCCAAAUGGAAUCAUCUGUGUGAAGGACAACGUGAGCCAGGAGGGUGUGAUUGAGGACGAAGUGGACAGCAGCGUCUGCCGAGACCUGGACUCCCUGCACACUAUUGUGCAGCUGGCAGGACUCCAGGUGUUGGCAGAGGAGAAGCAGGAUGACUUCCCCGAUGAGAUUUACCAGGUGUACAGUCUGGCUUUGAGGUGAAGCUAACCUUAUCCACGGGUACGGGGAGUGGGUUGGUGAAAGGGUAGAGUAUCUAAGGGGAGGGGAAAAGUAUAAGAGUGGGACACAGCUCUGGGGCUUUGGGUUUAAUUGAAAUAAAGCACAGUGAGGAGACUGCAGACUGAAUUUGACUUUAUUCUUGAAAGGCAGCUCCCACUAUCACCCAAAUGAAUGAAUCUGAUGAUCAAUAAACUCGGGACAAGUACUUAAAUGCAGGAUGCUGAGUCACAGCUUCAGAAGAUUAAUGACCAUAGCUGGAGUCCGAUUAGCUGCAACUAAUGACACAUAAUGUUUCUUCAGAACAGUUUCCAGAGAAGAGGAAGAAUGAGGAUGUUUUAAAUAUCUGAAUUCAGUUUGGCACCUAGUAUGAAUGGGAAUCAGCAGGAAAACCUUGUCUGCUGUUUCUGAGAGUAGAACAGCCUACUCCAGGACUAAAGCCUAUAAUCAGGCUACUGCCACAUAAGAGUGGCUGAACUUCAAAGUAAUUAAUUCUCUCUCACUCACACUUCCUCCUUCCCUUGCCCCCUAACUGGCCCUCUUUUGCCCCCUCCUGCCUUCUGCAUUUGACCAAGCAGUGUGUCAUGUUAGGAAAGGCAUACAAACCCCAUUUUGAGAUGCAAGAAAUCUCCUUCCA